AUGGCCAACGACUCCUGGAGCGACGGCAUCGUUCUCAAGAUCGUCAACAUCAUUGUGUAUUUGGCGUUCCUCGGCUCGAAUGUCUACACCGUUGCCUCGCCCAGGGACAUCUACUACACCGGAAAGGAGACGUACCUGACCCCGGCGCCCUGGGCCUUCCUCAUCUGGUCGCUGAUCCACCUCCUGCUCCUGGGCACGGUCAUCUACCAGUUCUUCCCCGCCGGCAAGCGCGUCAUCAUCGACGGCAUCUCCUGGCGCUUCGCCCUCCUCGGCGUCCUCAACGUCGUCUACACCAACCUCUGGGCCGAGGCGCACUACAUCGCAGCGUUCAUCUUCGCGCUCCUCGUCUCGAGCACGGUGACGCACAUCUACUACGUCGUCAAGAAGCACCACGAGCCCGGCUCCGCCGCGGACGAGAUCCUCGUGCACCUCCCCUUCUCGCUCUACCACGGCUGGACGACCGUGCUCGUCGUGCUCACCGCCUUCGAGGCCUUCGGCGUCAACGCGUGGGCGCACAAGGCCGGCGUCUGGACCAAGGUGUUCGUGUUCCUCGCGCUCUUUUUCCUGGAGAGCACGAGCGCCGCGUACGCGUUUGCGACGCCCGAGGGCGAUCUGCCGGGCAGUGUUGCGAUCACGUGGAGUCUGUGGGCGAUCUUUGCGCAUCAGCGGAGCGACGCGUUUACGCAUUGGACGGCGCUGGCGUUUGCGAUUUUGUCGCUAUUGUGGGUCAUCAAGGGCGCUGUGGGCAUCGGGCGUGGGCGCCGUGCUGGCAUCCUUGACGACGCCGAGCGCGCGCCGCUCAUCGGCAGCUCAUAA